AUGAGCGAAUCUAUCGACGCUGCUACUGCUAGAAACACUGCAAAUAACACUGCCAGAAACACAGAAAUUGAAGGUAAUGGUGACAUUACUCCUGUUGAUGCUUCUGUCGCUACCCCUACAACAAAAAAUAUUCCUUCCGUUACUUUGACUCCUGCUGCUAAAACCAAUACUGACAGGAAAAAUAAGGGGAAAAAGAAGCUUACAACUACUGGACAUACAGAUUCUCAACCACAAAAGGAGGAGGAAAAUAAUAAUGAUGAUGAUGAUGAUGACGCUUCGAGUAUUGAUUCAAGUAUAAGCUCGUUGUCCGAUUUAGACGAAGAAUUAAGUGAACAACCGGAGGCUUAUGAUGGUGGCGAUGAUGAGGAAAAGUUGCAAAAUAAAGAAUUAGACUCUAAUAAAUUGGAUAAAAUCAUUUCACAUAAUGCCAUUAAGGGUAAUGUGGAAACAAAGGAAAGUUUAGCUAAAAGUGGGUUAAAUUUAAACAAAGCGGAAUUGGAUCCAUUGCAAGAAACUUUGUCACACGGAAGCAACAAUGAAAUAUUUCCAGAAGAAUAUCAAUUAGAGACAAAAACUGGACUAGUUAAGAUGAAGACUAUCGAAGGGUUAAAUAGAGUCACCACUUCUACUACCCCUCAAUCCUCUAUUAACACUGAUAUUGACGGUUUAAUGUAUGAUAAUGAUUUGGGCGAUGAAGAUCAAAUUUCUAUCAAGCAGGAAAGCCAUAUACCUAAGGGUAUAAACGAAGAACAAAUAGAAAAAGUUGUUGAAAGAAAUAAAAAAGAAAUUGAAAAGUAUCAAGAACAAAAACAUCAUCACGGUUUUAGGAAGUUCUUGGACAGUUUCAUGCCAUGA